AUGGAUUCAUGGGAUUGGUCUAGUUAUGGUAAAAGGGAGAACGUAUUCUAUAUCGAAUGUAAAGCUGACUAUAUGCUCGAAAAAUUAAAUAGAGAGAUUGACGAUGAUGAUGAUAAAGAUGGUCAUUCACUAGAACUGCUCGAGUCCGAGGUGACAUCUAAGGUAUUGACAUUUAGUUGCCUUCUAAAAGAAUGCAAAAUAAGGGCACAAGUAAUUUGCAAUAUGUUAGGUAUCUCUGAAGACUAUGCAUCUGCUGUAGAUAAAAAGGUUUCAACUUUUGCUAGAUCACAGCUUACUGAUCCUCAAAACAUUGGCUGCAAAAUAGUGCCAAUAGUAAUUUGGUGUACCAUUGUGUACGUCCAACAUGAUGAUGAAGAUAUUGAUGCUGCUCGUGCUCGUGUUCAGCUCAGCAGCAACUUGGCCUUUCGUCAACUUCCUCCGAUUGUUCCUCCUCCCAAUCCUACAACCAGAGGUAUAAAUCCAUUCGCCUUUCAACUGGUGUACAGAUGGACUUUAAAACAUGGUGAUGAUUUACCUCCUAUGUGUUCCAUCUGUAGGGAUGAGCCUGAAAUUGGAGAGAUGAUGGGAAUCUUGUCGUGCUGGCAUUCUUUUCAUUUACAUUGUAUCGUCAAAUGGCUGGAGAUAAACUACCGAUGCCCUCUCUGUCGCAAGUCCUUCCCAAAAAAUAGCAAAUAUUGA